AUGACUGGCCUCGUGGGCUAUGGAAGCAGUGAUGAGGAGGACUCCGUUGAUGAGAGCCGGCGAAUGCAGUCGAAGUCCCAAACACCCACCCAGUCGGACUUAUCAGUAUCAGGAGGCCAAAGACCACCGAAUAAUACAAGGAAUGAGCCAACUGCGGUCCCAGCAGAAGAUGAAGCUCUCCACCCCGCGCGACCCAACGGAACCGUUCUUGGACCUCCGCCUCAAAAGGUGACCCCAGAGAGCAGCGCUCUUUCCGCCUCUUCUUCACCUUAUGCGCUCCAUCGCGCAACGAUCCGUAGUCUGACGUUGCCUACCAAACCCAACCUUGAUAUCCCCCAGUCGCCUCUUGCCUCGCCCACACCAGGCGCGGACCACAAGUUUUCUCAUUUUCUUGAACUAAAGAAGCAAGGCGUUCAUUUUAACACCAAGCUCGCAUCCUCUUCGGCCCUCAAAAACCCAAGCUUACUACCUAAAUUGAUGGACUUCGCCGGUGUGAGUGGCGAGCGGCAAUACACAACCACAUUGCCUCGCGAGCUGUGGAAUCCAGCGGAAUUUCCUACAUGGGCUUACAAGGAAGAGCUGGCAGAAGCCCAGCAUGGUCUUUCCAAGAAGAAGGGAGAAGAGAGAGUCAAACUUCAACGCGAGAGCAUCGAUUUCGUCGCCGCUGACACUCCAGGACAACCAAGUGGGUUGGUGGUGACAAAGGGCAAAAGAGCAAGUGCUGCGGAGAGGGUUAUGGCGGGGUUAGGCAGGGACAGGAAACCGUCCCCGCAACUGAGCACUGCAGGGGUGCGAAACGAGGUAGAACAGAGGGGACGGACGAGUGAUGGCUUGCAUGCAGGAACAAGGUCUGAAUCACCGAGGCGGAAACGCUCGCGUUCAAGGUGA